GUCUUCUGUCGCUUCAUCGCUCUACGAUUUUUUCCCUCACUUGCUUUUCAAUUCUUUCUUUUAUAAAAAAAAUCCGCAAGUUUUCCCUCUACGGAAGAAUCCUCCAAGCAUCACAGCAUCCUCUUUCACAUAUACCGGCUCAACUUCGUCGUUGGUCGAUUGUAAAAAAAGAAAGUAAAUCCACACACAAGCAACAAGGAAAAUGUUUCGCGCUUCUGUCAUCUCCCGCAUCGCGCCGUCGCUGAUGCUGCUGAACACGGGUAAGGUGAUCUCCUGGAUGAGCGGCCGCGGCUUCGGCUUCGUCGAGGACGACGCAGAUAAGAAGCAGCACUUUGUGCACUUCUCCGCUUUGCAGACGGAGACAGGCGGCUACCGCGCCGUCGCCGUGGGCCAGGAGGUGGAGUUCGAGGUGGCCACGCAGGACGGCCGCACGCGCGCCGAGAACGUGACGGCCCCCGGCGGUGCAAAGCUGCCUUCGGGCCCUCGGCCGCCGGAGGGGACCGGUCGAGGUGGCUUCGGUGGCCGCGGCCGUGGACGUGGUCGCGGCGGCAACUUCAACAACCGCCAAGACCGUGGGGACAGCGGCAACCGCGAUGGUGGCCGCCCGAACAACAACUUCAGUGACGAGUUCUAA